GCCUGUGAUUUCCUCGCCAACCCCGCCCCUCGCGUGGUGGACAUUUAUCCUCUACCGCUCAGGCCCUGCCGCCAUCGCCGCAGACCCAGCGCCUAGAGAUACAGCGAGAAACUACCAUGGCCCCUUUUGUACCCCUGGCCUCUGGCAUCCUGUUGUUGCUGUCACUAAUAGCCCCCAGCUGGGCCUGCACCUGUGCCCCACCCCACCCACAGACAGCUUUCUGCAACUCCGAUGUUGUCAUAAGAGCCAAGUUUAUGGGGCUCCCAGAAGUCAACCAGGACAUGGCUUACCAGCGUUAUGAGAUCAAGAUGACAAAGAUGUUCAAAGGCUUCCAGGCCUUGGGGCCUGCCGCUGACAUCCGGUUCCUCUACACCCCCGCUAUGGAGAGCGUCUGCGGAUACGUCCACAACUCCCAGAACCGCAGCGAGGAGUUUCUCAUCGCGGGACAACUGCAGAAUAAGCUCUUGCACAUCACCACCUGCAGUUUCGUGGCUCCCUGGACCAGUCUGAGCCCAGCUCAGCGCAAGGGCUUCACCAAGACCUACAGUGCUGGCUGCGAGGCAUGCACAGUGUUUGCCUGUUCAUCCAUUCCCUGCAAACUGGAGAAAGACACUCAGUGCUUGUGGACAGACCAGCUCCUCGAUGGCUCUGAGAAAGGAUUCCAGAGCCGUAACCUGGCUUGCCUGCCCCGGGAGCCAGGGGUGUGUACCUGGCAGUCCCUACGAUUCCGGAUGGCCUGAAGCCUGCCUCCAGUGGAAGCUGAAGCCCACAUGGUGUUUGCCCCCUUCCAACUCCCAACUUUUUUUUCUCCAAGAUGAUGAAAUAAAGAGCUACCACUCAGCAGA